UCAUAUUCUAGUCUUUGUGUCUUGAAAUUAGUCUCAUAUUCGUUAAUGCUCUCUGAACUGCAACUUGUUUUUAACUUUCAUAAAAUAUAAUACUAUUCGUUUACUGAUAGACAUAGGUUUUAAGUAAUUUUCCGAAGUUGUAUCAUCUAGUUAGAGUGAAUUACUACGUAAAAUUUACAUCUUCUAAUAAAUAUGUCUAAAAACGUCCUCGUUAUUGGAAGUGGUGGUCGCGAGCAUGCCUUAUGCUGGAAACUAUCUAAUUCUCCUCUUGUAAAACAUAUAUUCUGUGCCCCAGGAAGUGUUGGCAUAUCGUCAAAUAUUAAAGUGGAAAGUGUCGAUCUUAGUCUCAAAGAUUUUCCUGCUAUUGCUACAUGGUGUAAAGAAAAGGAUAUUGAUUUAGUAGUAAUUGGACCAGAAGAUCCCCUAGCAAAUGGCAUUGUUGAUGCACUGGUUCCUCUUGGCAUCAAAUGUUUUGGUCCCACAAAAGUUGGUGCACAAAUUGAAGCCAAUAAAGAUUGGGCCAAGCAGUUUAUGACAAAAUACCAGAUACCCACAGCUAGAUACCAGUCCUUCAGUGAUGCAAAUGCAGCUAAGGAAUUUAUUAAAAACGCUUCAUACCCAGCUCUGGUGGUCAAAGCAUCUGGUUUGGCUGCUGGUAAGGGAGUUGUUGUGGCAUCAAGUAAGGAAGAGGCUUGUGCAGCUGUAGAUGAGAUUCUGACGGAUGCCAAAUAUGGGGUUGCUGGCCAGACUGUUGUAGUUGAAGAGCUAUUAGAAGGCGAUGAAGUAUCGGUGCUAGCCUUUACAGACGGCGAAACCGUAGCCAUGAUGCCGCCAGCUCAAGACCACAAGCGUAUAGGGGAUGGUGAUAUAGGUCCCAACACAGGCGGCAUGGGAGCAUAUUGUCCCUGCCCCCUCAUAACCCCCGAACAGCUGGCUGAUGUCAAAGAGCAGGUGCUCCAAAGGGCGGUUGACGGGUUAAAGGCAGAGGGAAUAAAAUAUGUUGGUGUCCUGUAUGCCGGUAUGAUGGUGACGAAAUCUGGGCCAAUGACACUGGAAUUCAAUUGUCGCUUCGGUGACCCAGAGACACAAGUGCUCAUGAUGCUGUUGGAAUCUGAUUUGUAUACUAUUAUGAGGGCGUGUGUCGAUGGCACACUCAAACAAGUACAAGUGAAAUGGGAAACGGAAAAUUGUGCUGUGGGCGUCGUGAUCGCUUCUAAGGGCUACCCCGAGACGUCUACCAAAGGAUGUGUUAUUAGUGGUCUCUCUCAAGUACAAACUCGUCCGAAUAUAGUGGUGUUUCAUAGUGGUGUAGCACGAGGUGCAAAUGACUCUUUGGUAACCGCUGGAGGUCGUGUUCUACUUGUAGCGGCUAAAAGAGGUUCCCUAAGAACGGCAGCGUCUGUAGCUACCUCUGCGGCAGCUGCAAUCGACUUCCCCGGUGCUCAGUAUAGGAAGGACAUCGCGCAUAAGGCAUUUUCAAAACUUAACGGCCUCUCAUACCUUGAGUCCGGCGUAGACAUAGACGCGGCUGCGAACCUCGUACGUACAAUCGAGCCUGUAGCGACGGCGACGCACCGGCGAGGAGUUUUGGGUCGUCUUGGAUGCUACAGCGGCUUAUUUCAGUUAUCCGCUAUGGAGACAAGGUUUAAAGAUCCCGUGCUGGUGCAAGGGACAGAUGGUGUUGGGACUAAACUUAAGAUUGCCGAAAUAACCCAAAAAUAUGACACAUUAGGCCAAGAUUUAGUCGCAAUGUGCGUGAAUGACAUCUUAUGCGCCGGCGCAGAACCGUUCGCAUUCCUUGACUACAUGGCGUGUGGAAGAUUACAGCUUAACACCGCUACUGCUAUUAUUAAGGGCAUCGCCAAUGCUUGCGCAAUGUCAGGAUGUGCUUUAUUGGGUGGUGAAACUGCAGAAAUGCCCUCAAUGUACGACAUUGGAAAGUACGAUUUAGCCGGGUUCGCGGUUGGAGUUGUCGAUAAUUUGAAGCAGUUGCCUCGUAUGAAAGAAAUUCGAGGUGGGGAUGUGGUAUUGGCUUUACCUUCCACUGGAGUACAUAGUAACGGGUACAGCUUGGUACAGAAGAUCAUGGCUGAGACCGGAAACACCUUCCACCAAAAGGCUCCAUUUAGCACAACGAACCGAACAUUCGGCGAGGAGUUUCUAGAACCAACCGGUAUUUAUGUAAAGUCUUUGAUGCCAGCCAUCAAAAAAGAGCUAGUCAAAGGCCUCGCUCACAUAACAGGCGGUGGUCUUUUGGAGAAUAUACCCAGGAUACUUCCAGCUGGUGUCAAAGUUAAAUUGGAUGCUUUGAAGUUCAAAAUAAAGCCCAUUUUCGGUUGGCUGCAGGCUAAAGGAAUGGUUUCCGAUUUCGAAAUGCUUCGCACAUUCAACUGCGGCGUGGGUAUGGUAGCCAUCGUGGACCCAGUCUGUUUGAAGGAAUUCCUCGCUUGUGUUGAGGGUCCCAUAGAUAUUAUUGGCUCUGUGAUAGAUAUUGGAAAGGAAGGUGGUCAUCAAGUAGAAGUAGACAAUUUUAAAGAAGCAAUGGCGCCACUUGUCGCACCAUACUGCGCAGGAGUCAACGUGCCACAAAAAUCUCUUUCAUACAAGGACAGUGGGGUGGAUAUAGAGGCGGGGGAUUCUCUUGUCUCCUUGAUCAAACCCUUGGCUAGGUCUACCUCAAGGUCCGGAGUGUUGGGUGGUUUGGGUGGCUUUGGAGGGUGCUUCCAAUUGAAGGCUAUUGAGAAGGAGUAUAAGGUAAGGGAUCCAGUGCUGGUCCUAGCAGCGGACGGAGUCGGGACAAAGCUAAAAAUCGCCCAACUGAUCAACCAACACAGUACAAUUGGUAUCGAUUUAGUGGCUAUGUGUGUUAAUGACAUACUCUGCAACGGCGCAGCACCUUUAACAUUCCUUGAUUACUUCGCUUGUGGUUCUUUGGAUGUUAAUGUUGCUAAAGACGUGGUCUCCGGAGUCGCCGAAGGAUGUAAACAGGCAUCUGCAGCUUUGAUUGGUGGUGAGACAGCCGAGAUGCCAGGAAUGUAUGAUCCAGGGGUUUACGAUAUAGCUGGUUUCGCGCUUGGCGUGGUCGAACGGACACACAUUUUGCCAAAAAUUAACGAUAUUGCAGUAGGAGACAUAGUGAUCGGUCUCCCAUCAAACGGAGUUCACAGCAACGGAUUUAGUCUCAUACACAGUCUUAUGAAGAAGAAUAACCUUAAAUUGAACGAUAAGGCCCCGUUUAGCGAAGAUGGCCUUACUUUAGGCGAGGAGCUAAUCAAACCUACGCGUAUCUACGUGGGAAGCGUGGUAGGAGCUUUACAAAGGGGCUACGUAAAGGCCGUAGCGCACAUAACGGGCGGUGGACUUUUGGAGAACAUACCUCGUGUCAUUCCAGAGUCUGUGAGAGUUAGACUUAAUGCGCAUUGGUGGAAUGUCCACCCGGUGUUUGCAUGGAUCGCUGAAACAGGUUCAGUGAAAGACGAGGAGAUGCUACGAACGUUCAACUGCGGUAUUGGAAUGGUCCUCAUUGUUGCACCAGAACAUCAAGCUGAGGUGAUGAAUAUAACCCGUUCGUUUGGCGCCAUGGUGAUUGGAAGUGUACAAGCUCGUCCAGCAGGUGGAGCUCGCGUUAUUGUUGACAAUUUUGCAUCAGCCCUCGACUUCACUAGGAGAAUGCCACUACUCAUUAACAAGAAGGUGGCAGUACUAGUGUCAGGCAACGGCAGUAACCUCCAAGCCUUGAUUGAUACGACUCGCGAUCGUUCACAAUGUAUGUGCGCGGAGAUAGCGCUCGUUGUGUCUAAUAAGAAAGACGCGUACGCACUCAAACGGGCCGAGGAAGCUAAUAUACCUACAGCGGUAUUCAAUUACAAAGAUUACGCUUCUCGGGAGGAGUUUGACAGCGCUGUAUCGAAGGUAUUAGAAGCUCAUCGGAUUGACCUCGUGUGUUUGGCCGGAUAUAUGAGGAUACUCUCGGCUGACUUUGUUGCCAAAUGGAAAGGUCGUCUAAUUAACAUCCACCCUUCGCUGUUGCCCCGUCACCCGGGUUUACACGCGCAGAAACAGUGCAUUGAAGCCGGCGAUACACUUUCUGGCUGCACAGUACAUUUUGUAGAUGAGGGUAUGGAUACAGGUCCGAUAAUAGUCCAAGAGCGCGUGCCCGUUAGCUUAGACGAUACGGUCGAGACGUUAACCGCACGUAUACAUACAGCGGAACAUCGCGCUUACCCUCGUGCAUUACGUCUUGUGUCAACGGGUCGUGCGAGACUUAAUAGCCACGGACAAGUCAUCAUGUCAUAGAACUAUCUCAGUAAUCAAUUACACAUUAAUUAACAAUUAAACUUAUAAACACACAUGAUAACAUAAUCAAAAGUAAAUAAAAGUCUAUGUAUAACAAAAAAAAUCAGAUGUAAGGACUUUUAAAAAUGUUAAAUUUAAAAUUGCUUGUUUUAUAUUUAAUAAUAACAUGUGAAACAUGCUCCUGUUUUAGGUAACUUGUUUGAUAUUAAACUAAUAAUAUGAAAAAUAUUUUUACUUAAUAUGUAAAACUAAACAAGCCAUUGUGUUAAGUUUUUUUACUUGUCUAAUAAAAGAUCAAUCUUGAUAUUAAUGUUACAUUUUGGAACCAUACAAUUUUAUUUAAAUAGAAUAUUAUAAUGUAUAUAGAAUUAAGCUUAAUAUUAAUUACUAUAUGAUCUUUAACAAUUUUACUGUUAUGUGAAUCAAAAGUUUACAAUAUAGUCUGUGUGGAAAGAACUGGUGUGGCAGUUAUAGGAACUAAUAUAAUUCUUAUUUGCUACGCAACAUUUCAUUUAUUCACAGUGUUCUUAACAACAAAAAAGUUAAUUUCCGCUAACUCUAAUGGGUGCUAUAAAGCUAUUCAAAAGGAAACAAAGUAGCAAUUUAACUUUGACUUUUGAAUUUUUAUUUUUCCUUUAUUUAGUCAUAACAUAAGGCUGCCAAAUUAAAAAGCAAUAUUAUGGAUUGUUGUUUCUAUAAGGUUCUCGAAUAAGUCUUCCAUGUAUAUUUUAGAAAAUCAAUUUAUGGAGUUACUAUUAAGAUUUAUAUGUUGAAUAAAAUACAUUAAAAUA